CUUGAAAGUUGAAAAACCAUCGCGUUCAGGCAAGCUACAGCGCGAGCGCCACUUGGCUACCACGUGACUCCCAUGUUUUGGAGCUAUUCUCGUGAGUCGUAAAAAUGAUUGUAAAUGCGGAAUCGUCCUCUUGUCUUAUGGUUGUUUAAAAUUUCAUGAUUUUUUUUUCGUGUAGUCUACACUUCAGAAAUACUUCUACCCAGGUUCAACGCCCACCAUUUUGGACUAGCAACUCUCUUCGAAGCAGUUCACUACUAAAAGUAAUAGGUACCUGUUUAUUGACGUACAGCGGUAUUGCGACCAAUAAACACACCCGGUGACUGAGAAUGGAUAGCAGUAACGAUAACUCUGCCCAAUUCACAUCAAAACCCAGCCCUGAAAUUGAUGUUACAAAAAGAAAUACUGCCGUUUCUGUCGCUGUCGAUGAGGCUAUGCGUAAACUUUCUCACGAUGAUGAACACUGCUCACCACCAGUUUCAAAAAGGAGUAAAAAUUUAUCAAAUGAAGGAUCACCAAAUGCUGUUACAUCUGCAUCAACUACAAGCCCUGUUGUAGUCUUCGGAAUUAAUAAUACACUUUGUUACAGUAGGUAUUUGUGUGAGGACGAAGAAGAAAUCAUUAGGAAGAGCUUUCCGGAAUGCUCAAUCAUUGACUGGAAUGAGCAUUAUGGGACCGGAGAGAUUGCAAGACACGCGCAUGUAUUUCUACCUCACCUAAAAAUCUUAUUCGAUUAUUUAUUGGAGCAAAGCGUACGAAUCGUUUUUUUUUCUCAUGCUCCCAAGGAAAGAAAUUCAACAGUUAUCCCACAACUACUCACAUCUUUCUGGGGUAGUGAGAAAUUUGAAGCACUGAAAGCCAAAGGACAAUUUGACAUUUUUUCUGAGGAACAUUUGCGUAAAAGAACUACUCGUGGCGAAGGAAACAAAGUAAAAGAUUUAAAAGUAGUUAUUCGAAACGACGAAACGUUAUUAGAUGCCAUCGUAGUGGUAGACGAAUGCAGUUAUGCUGCUCAUGAUCAGAAACCAUGUUUAUUCAUCAUAGAUUUAUCGUUUUGGAAAAUAACAGACAAAAACGAGAUGGAUGAAGUUGAAGCAAAAUGUGCUAUUCCCGACGGAAUAUUUCAAAAUUUUCCUGUUAAUAGUGUUUACUACAUGCUUGGCGUGUUCAAGACCUAUUUCGGACAUGAGAAAUACAAAGUAUUGCCUUUAAGAGAAGGCUUAAAUCAACUUUUACCUAAGGAAGCGAGAGAAAACCAAUUGGAAUUUUUUACCACACAUUCGUUUGCCGAUGAUAUGAUCAAUUUAGGAUUAUCAGAGGUACAGAAACUGGUACCUGAUGCCAUGUAUUAUUGAUUAUGAUAUCCGUUCAUGAUUCCAGCGAUACGUUUCUCGAUGUGUUUUUAUAUAAGAUAUACAUAUAUUGUAUGUACUUAUGAUGACGAAUUCCAUUUACCAGUAUUCGAAUAUGAAUAUUGAAUGUGUUGAAUAAAAAGGUUUUUUAACGUGUGGUUUGUUGGUUGAAA